UUUUACCCAUCCUAACGAUGAGUGGUGGAAGACCUGGUUGGUGCAUAAUAGAUGUAAACACUGAUGCACGUGUGAUUAUGGCUCAAACAGUGUGCAUGCGAGUACGUUGAAUCAUCGAUAUUCUAGACAUACAGUUUUGAGAAUUUAAAAAAAAUGACGAAGGAUGGUGUGUUGGAAUGGUAUAGCGGUCGAUCGGUGUUUAUCACUGGAGGCACUGGUUAUAUGGGCAAAGUACUCAUUGAAAAAUUACUCAGGUGUUGUCCAGGAAUAAAACAUAUUUAUUUAUUGUGUCGCCCUAAAAGAGGUUUGACUCCAGUUGCGAGAAUAGAAUCUAUAAGGAAAUUACCCGUAUUUGAUCGUUUACGAACUGAAUGUCCGGAAAAUUUGAAGAAAAUGUCCGCUAUAGAAGGUGAUCUAGGUUUGGCAGGGCUAGGAUUGUCUCCUGAAGACAAAAAACGUUUGAUUGAUGAAGUAUCAAUUGUUUUUAACGGAGCUGCUUCUCUGAAAUUGGAAGCUGGUAUAAAAGACGCUAUUAGGCAAAAUACUACUGGAACAAAAUACGUAUUGGAUUUGUCUACUGAAAUAAAAAAUUUGGCUGCUUUUAUUCAUUUUUCUACUGCGUUUUGUCACUGUGAGUACGAAGAACUAGACGAAACUGUUUAUCCUGCUCCAGCUAAUCCAUAUGAUGUUAUGAGAGCCGUCGAGUGGAUGGAUGAUCAAACAUUGGAACUUAUUACUCCUAGAUUACUUGGACCGCACCCUAAUUGUUACACGUAUUCUAAGAGACUAGCUGAAGCAUUGGUGAAAGAUUAUUCCAAUAAACUACCAAUCUCUAUAGUACGACCAUCGAUCGUUACACCAUCGUAUUUGGAGCCGUUCCCUGGAUGGGUGGACAGUCUUAAUGGACCAAUAGGUGUUAUUGUUGGUGGUGCUAAAGGAGUUAUUCGUUCUAUGUUGUGUGGUGAAAAUUUUGAAGCUGAAGUUGUUCCAGUUGACAUAGCGAUAAACGCUAUAAUAACGAUAGCAUGGUUAAGGGGAAAAUCAGAUCAUAAAUCAGAAAAAGAUUUACCGUGUUACAACAUCUCGAAAGGCGAUAUAGUACAUAUGACAUGGGGUGAAGUGAUGGCCAGAGGAAAGAAAUAUGCAUAUGAAUAUCCUCUUGAUGUUGGUCUUUGGUAUCCUAAUGGAGAAAUCAGAACAAAUAAAUUGAUGCAUUUUUUCGUUGUAUUUUGGCUUCAGUUAGUGCCAGCUAUAUUAAUCGACGGUAUUAUGAUUUUGGCAAGACAGAAAACAUUCAUGGUUCGAGUACAAAAACGUAUUGCAGUAGGUAUGGAAGUAUUACAGUACUUCACCAUGCGUAAUUGGAAAUUCAAGAUCGAUAACGUUAAAAAUCUGAUCCAUCAUCUGAAUGAUCGCGAUAAGAAAAUAUUUUUCAUACACAAUAUCGAUGUUGAAAUUGAAGGGUACCUCAUAAAAGUAUUGUUGGGAGCUCGCCAGUACUGUAUGAAAGAGCCCUUGUCUAAUUUGGAUAGAGCACGAUUCCACAUGAAAAUACUAUAUGUUUUGAAUUUGAUUGUCCAAGGAUUAUUCUACAUGUUAUUACUCUGGGCAUCUUUUAAGCUAUUCAAUGUAUUUAAAUUUGUUUUGGAUUCGUCUACUAGCUCUUUCACCAAAGUACCGUUUGCUGGAUCAUUAAUACCUAAUUAAAUGCUUUUAUCAAAUUAUGUUUAUGCAGUGUAAAUAUUGUUAAUAAUGUGGAAAGUUAAUUUUAUACAUUAUAUGUAUUAUAAUAAUAUUUUAUAUUUUUAUACAUUUUGGAAAGGAAUUAUUUUAUAACUAAAAGUACAAUUGAAUUUCAUUGCAAUUCAAGGAUGGACUAGCACAUUUAGGCUAUAAAAUGGUUUUCUUAAAAGCCCUAAAAAAAUUGGCUUGCAUUUUUUUGUAUACUGUGACUAAUAUCUAUGGAUUAUACUCUAAAAUACUUAUGAAGUUAACAUCUCUUUUUCUUAUCGUUUACUAAAAAUGAUCUUAAAUGUACAUUACAUUUAAUGCCAUUAUUAUGGAUUGAUUUUUACCUCCAGUCUAUCCAUUUUUAACUUUUCUAUUUGUAUUACUUAAGUAUAUGUAUUUUACAUAUUUUAAGCUAUUAAACUUUUAUGUUAUUUUUAAA